AACACCCGCGGCUGUGCCUGGCUCGGAGCAAUUUGCAGCAACGGGCGCUUGUAAAUCAAAGGUCUCUCGCUCGGCUUUUAAGGUCGUCCUGUAGUUUGGGGCAAUGCAAACCGAUGGUGUCCCGACCUCGGGGCAGUUCCAACGCCCGCACCGGGAGCAAUCUCCGUGAAAGCUGCAGAUGUGUUUGUUUGGUGGGGUGAGGCAGAUGUUGGGGGGUUGCCCACCCGGGAAGGGUGAUGACCGGGAUGGUCCACCUUAAGGCUGCGGGAUGGAUCUUGGUCCCGGGACCGUGGCUCCCAGCGCCCCGGAGCAGCCUCAACAUGAGCGGCCGGUAUCACAAGGCGGCCCGGGACGGCUACCUGGGUCCGCUGAAGGAGGCCACCAGGAAGGACCUCAACAACGCGGACGAGGAUGGGAUGACCCCGACCCUGUGGGCGGCUUAUCACGGGCACCUGGAGGCUCUGCAGCUCAUCUGUAGCCGAGGAGGUGACCCUGACAUCUGUGACAUCUGGGGUAACACUCCCCUUCACCACGCCUCCACCAAUGGCCACCUCCACAUCAUCACCUUCCUGGUCAACUUUGGCGCCAACAUCUGGGCCCUGGAUAACCACUCGCACUCGCCCAUGGACGCGGCGGCCAGCAAGGGCCGCAUGGAGUGCGUCCGCUUCCUGGACGCAGUGGCCUCCAGGCAGACGGCGGCCAACCCCAGGCAGGUGGCCAGGCUGAAGGAGAAGGCGAGGAAGGACUGCGAGAGGCAGGUCCGGGAGAGCGAGAGGCGGCAGAGGAAGCACCAGAGCCGGAUGAACAAGAGGUACGGAAGGGACACGGAAGCGCGGGGCGGUGGGACUCCCGGGAGCGGCGGCGGCGGCGACUCAGGGUCCCACCAGGCCCCAGCCGCUGGCUCCCAGCGGGAAGGCACCCUCACCUCCUUGUUGAAGGGAUCCCUGCAGAAGAAACUCUGGAAGAAGGAGGGAAGCCAGAGGGUUCUGGAGGGACAGCCGGGGAAAGACGUCAUCUUCGUGAGUCAAGCCAGCGGCCGUGCCAACGUACUGGAGGUGUUUCCCGAGCCGAGCGCGGCAUCUCCCGACCUAAUGCCCGCGGAAGUCGAGGGCCAACGGGACCAGGAGUCUCUCUUCAACCGGCCAGGAUUGGGGAACAUGCUGUUCCGGAGGAAUUUCAUCCUGGGCUUGAGCGAGGAGUUGGAAGAUGUCGGCUCCCAGGUGCAUGCUGAGCUCCUGGAUCCCAGGGAGGGCGGCGAGGAAGCCGACACCCUCAGCGAAGAGGAGUGGGAGGAAUUGCCCUGGCAGGAGCAGGAGCUCGGUCUAGACGACGAGGAGCCGGAGACAACCCCGCUGGAGGUCUUCCUGGCCGCCCAGAACAUGAGCGAGUUCCUGCCCUUCCUGACCCGAGAGCAGAUCGACCUGGAUUCCCUGAUGCUCUGCUCCGAUGCGGAUCUGAAGAGCAUCCACCUGCCACUCGGACCCCGGAAGAAAAUAAUUUCGGCGGUCGAACGAAGAAAGUUAAUCUUGGAAAGUGCGUGUGAGCUGGUGGACACAGUGCUGUGAGUCUCCUGGCACUGUGCAGGCAGCUGCCUGGUUAAAGGUGCCCGUCCCCUCCGCUGUGGGCACCAGGUACUCGGUCCUAGUUGUUGGUGCGAAGCCAGACGUCUCGAACUUGCAAGGUUCUGACUUCACUCCCACGCCAGAGAAUUGAACACUGACUUGAACUCUGGGUAUUACACAGCACAGGAAAAGGCCCUUCAGCCCACCAUGUCUGUGCUGAACACGAUGUUGAAUUAAAUCCCUUCUGCCUGCACGUGAUCCAUAUCCCUCUGUUCCCUGCACGUUCAUGUAAGAUAAGAUUUCUUUAUUAGUCACAUGUACAUCGAAACACACAGUGAAAUGCACCUUUUUGCGUAGAGUGUUCUGGGGGCAGCCCGCAAGUGUCGCCACGCUUCCGGCGCCGACAUAGCACGCCCACAACUUCCUAACCCGUACGUCUUUGGAAUGUGGGAGGAAACCGGAGCACCCGGAGGAAACCCACGCAGACACGGGGAGAACGUACAAACCCCUUACAGACAGCGGCGGGAACUGAACCCGGGUCGCUGGCGCUGUAAUAGCGUCACGCUAACCGCUACACUACUGUGCCUGCCCCGUGUGUCUGUCUAAAAGCCUCUUGAAUGCCCGUUGUAUCUGCCUCCACCACCAUCCCUGGCAGCCCAUUCCAGGCACCCGCCACUCUCUGUGUAACAAUAAAACUCGCCGUGUGUCUCCCUUAAACUUUCCUCCUCUCGCGUUAACAGACGCACCGCACAGAAACAGGCCCUUCGGCCCAUCACGUCCAUGCCGACGCCUCUACACUGAUCCCAUUUGCCUGCAUUAGGACCUCAUCCUUAGAUGUCUAUUUAAGUGCCUGUCUAAGUGUCACUUUUUUAUAACAAUACAGGCCCUUUGGUCCACCAUGUUGUGCCGCCCUUCAAACCACUCCUAAGACUAUCUAACCCCUUCCUCCCACAUAUCCCUCUAACUUAAAUUCCUCCAUAUGCUUAUCUAACAAUCUCUUGAACUUGUCCAAUGUAUCAGCCUCCAUCACCACCCCAGGCAGCGCAUUCCAUGCACCAACCACUCUCUGGGUGAAAAACCUCCCUCUGACAUCUCCCUUGAACUUCCCACCCAAUACCUUAAAGCCAUGUCCUCUUGUAUUGAGCAUUGGUGCCCUGGGAAAGAGGGGCUGGCUGUCCACUCUAUCUGUUCCUCUCAAUAUUUUGUACACCUCUAUCAUGUCUCCCCUCAUCCUCCUUCUCUCCAAUGAGUAAAGCCCCAGCUCCUUUAGUCUCUCCUCAUAAUCCAUACUCUCUAAACCAGGCAGCAUCCUGGUAAAUCUCCCCUGCACCCUUUCCAACGCCUCCACAUCCUUCCGAUAAUGAGGCGACCAGAACUGGACACAGUACUCCAAGUGUGGCCUAACCAGAGUUCUGUAAAGUUGCAUCAUCUCUUCACGGCUCUUAAACUCGAUCCCCCGACUUAUGAAAGCUAACAUCCCAUAAGCUGUCUUAACUACCCUAUCUACCUUUGAGGCAACUUUCAGUGAUCUGUGGAUAUGAACCCCCAGAUCCUUCUGCUCCUCUACACUGCCCAGAAUCCUGCCAUUUACCUUGUACUCCGCCUUGGAGUUCGUCCUUCCAAAGUGUACCGCCUCACACUUCUCUGGAUUGAGCUCCAUCUGCCACUUGUCAGCCCAACUCUGCAUCCUAUCAAUAUCCCUCUGCAAGCUUCGACAGCCCUCCACACUAUCCACAACACCACCGAUCUUUGUGUCAUCUGCAAACUUGCUAACCCAGCCCUCCACCCCCUCUAAGUCGCUUAAAUGUAGUGAGUGUAUCUGAUUUCACCCCCUCCCCUGGCAGCGAGUUCCAGAUGUCAACCACUCUGUUUAAAAAAGAAACCAGCCCUCAGAUCCCUUUAAAACUCCUUCCUAUCACCCUAACUGGUGUUUUUGAAAUGCCUACAUUGGGAGUAAGAUUCUGACUACCUUAUCUAUGGCUCUCACCAUCUAACCUCUAUCAGGUCACCCCUUGACCUCCUCACUCUGAGGAAAGCAAUCUCCCCCCAUAACCGGAGUCCUCCAAUCCUGGUGACGUCCCAGUGAAUCUCCUCUGCACUCUCUCCAAUGCAGCCCACAUCCGUCCUGUGGUGUGGUGACCAGAACUGCACACAAUACUCCUCAACUAAUGGGGGCUUCCUUUGGGAUGGGCAAUACCCCUCUACUCUGUUGGGAAAGGGUUCCAGCACUUGAACCAGGACCAUCGUUGUUCUCUGGAAGUGCGACACGGAACAUUGUUAGACGUCCUCCAACGUAUAGCAGGGUUCCUGUUAUCCACUGUACAAAGUCUGGAUAGGAACAUGCAUAGGAAAGGUUUCGAGGGAUAUAGGCCAAACAUGGGCAAAUGGGACUAGCAUGGCCUUGGUCAGCAUGGGCAUGUUGGGCCAAAGGGCCUGUUUCUGCGCUGUGUAACUGCACGACUCUAUGAAAGGUGGACUUGGGCAGAGUAGAUGGAAAUCAAACUGUUGAAAGAUUGCAAGGUCUGGUCUUGUCAUCGGGGACCGAAGACAAAUAUCUACAAAAGGCUGUGUUAUUUCAAUGUCUUUAUACUGGAAUUAGUUGCAGAAUAUUCCAUCUGGUAACUGGAACCCCAGUUACGGAGGUCUCGACGCCAGUGAACGAACGUGGUCACAAUCUGUCGUCUUGUCAUCCCUCAGUGGCAGCCCUUCUGAAGCCAGACCACUGGGAGAGGAACAGGAUGCGGGGAACCCUCCCCCACAGACUCUUGGAGCUCGGGGCCUGCUCCCCAAAUCAGGAGCAGCUCUGUCCAGCACUGCCAGCCCCCACCCCGAAGCAGAAAGGAUUUGACGAAAGAACCUUGCGUUCCUGUAUUGGUGAAUUUGUCGUGUGUUUCUGUCCUCCCCCCAAUGUGUGAUCCUGUGUCAAUGUCUGCAUGUAAUGUCAACUGGUGCCAAUUGUUCUGUGGCUGUUGGUCUUCAGCUGGUAAUGAUUCUUCCUCCUUUAUGAUGUUCUUCAGCCAAUCAUAAUGCUAUUUAAUAUUAAUAAAUAACUGCUCAGGAUCAAUUCUGAUCCCAUUAAAAGAGAUUUGGUGGCAAGAAA